UUCAACACAACAAUCAAAUUCCGAACUGGAACGAAGACGACAGGAUAGAAAGAGGAAGCAAAGGAGAAAGCCGGGUAAACGGAGUAUAGCUGCAGGACACCGAAAAAGGAUAAAACCUGACCCUGAGACAAGGAGGACGUUUGCGUCCAUAAAAGAUGAACCUGGCAUGAGUGAUUUGUUGACAGCCAAACAUGACCGCCAUCCUGACCUGCCUGUGCCUAAUGUUUUACCUGAUGACAAAAGCACCAUUUAUCACACUGUUGUUGAGAAUGCUGAGAAAGUUUUUGACAAAAAAACUGUUCAGGACUAUCGUGAAUUUAAGAAAUGCGUAAAAUCACUGAAGGAAAUUGCUUCAGCUGUGCCUGAUGAUGAUGAUGAUAAGCAUAAACCAAAGCUUACGUCUGGGGCAAAAUUAAAAAUAAAGAAAAGAGUUAAUGAUAAGAUUGCAGAAGUAGCUCAGGUAAUUUUCAGAGGCAGAAUACUUGAUCUGGAAAACAGACAAGCUUAUCACAAAAUGGCGAAGUGCUUCAAACAAUUCAAAGCUGCACUUAGAAAAGCAGAGGCAGGUUGUGUGUUUUGCCAUCUUGACUUCUCCGAUGUCGGCUGCUAUGACACAUUUUGGCGAAGCUACAGUGACGGGAGCCUGUCCGACACCCUGACCCGGGAACUGAUCACAGACGACAUGAGGGCAGCAGAGGGAGGAGCAGACUUGUACAUACAUGUCCGAGUCUUGGACUCUGCUACAGAGGACGGAGACUUCUCAGAUCAGGACCCGAGUGGCACAGCAGGCCGAGGCCCCCCACAUCCUGGUCCAUCUCGGGAACAUUCAGGACAGGGUCCUCCUGCACCAUGCAACAGUAACCAUGGUGACGACACGUCUCCUGGUUACCAUGGUGAUGACACAGGUGGGCGGCAGGUGUCAGGUGGUGAUGACGUCAUACAUGUAAAGCAGGAGCCAGCUGAGCAGGUGCCGUCCUGCUGCAUGAUGGGAACAGUAAAAUCAGAAAUGAGCACCGAUGGAGUGGAAGUGAAGGAGGAAUCAGGUAUAUAA